AUGCCAGCAACAGUGGGAAGCAGCACUGACACAAGCAGCAAAUCGUUGCCUCCACCCUUGGAACGACAGAGAGGACAAAAAAGUGCACAAGGAUUUUUUUGCACCCCUGCCCUCAUGCUGAUUUCUGCAAUAGUCAUAGUUGGCCUUGUUGUACUUUUCUGGAUUGUAACAUAUCUGCUAGUUCAAUCAAAUUCCAAACACCGGUUGUGUGAAGUUGUUUGUGAAAGUGGCGGUCAAAUCAAGGAAAAGUCACGAAAUGUGUCUCUCAUCACUAUGAAAGAAUUCCGACUUCCGAAAAAUCUGAAGCCAAUAUCAUACAACCUGGUCGUCAGAGUCUACCUACCCUUCUACGUAGACUAUCCAGCCGACAAAAAUCUCACAACUGAUGGAGAAGUGGUCAUUGAAGUUGUUGUUUUGGAGCCAACAAAUAAAAUUAUCCUGAACAUUAAGGAAAUUCAGAUAUUAUCAGACAAAUGCGAGGCGCACUCAAAUGGUGCUCGGAUUCCCAUCGAAAACGUAGAAGUAACAAAUCGCUUCGAAAAAGUAACUUUCGUACUUGCUGAGACUUUGCAUGUUGAUCAAAAAGUGAACUUGAAGGUAAUCUUCUCAGGUGUGGUGAACGAUGGCCUCACAGGACUGUACAGAACCCACUACAACGAUUCACAAGGAAAUCCUAAAAUCGCUGCUAUGACAAAAAUGGAGCCGGCAGAUGCACGGAGAUUUGUGCCUUGCUUCGAUGAACCAGAAUAUAAGGCAGUAUGGAAAGUAACUGUCAUUCAUCCUAAUGGAACAAGAGCAAUUGCCAAUGCUUUUGAGAUCAGUGAAACUAUAGAAGCAGACGGAAAGUGGAAGGUCUCAACAUUUGAGCCAACACCCAUCAUGCCAUCUUAUCUUCUCGCCAUAUUUGUAUCCGAGUUUGAGUUUGACGAAUCUUACACGAAAAGAGGUGUGAGGUUUCGUGUAUGGUCCACUCCUGCCACCAAAGAUAGGAGAAAGUAUGGAUUAAAAGCAGCAGUGACUUACAUGGAAACAUUUGAAAAAUAUUUUGAUAUUGAAGAUGUUAUGAAGAAACAAGAUUUGGUUGCAUUACCAGACUAUUCAUCAGGAGCUACGGAAAACUGGGGUUUAAUCGCAUUCAGGACAUAUUUGUUAUUAUUGCCUUCAUUACCUGAUUCAACAAAUGCACACGAUUGGACUGCAGGAACGGUCAUAGCUCAUGAACUGGCUCAUCAGUGGUUUGGAAAUCUGGUUACCAUGAAAUGGUGGGAAGAGUUAUGGCUCAAGGAAGGUUUUGCUAAUUAUUUCGAAAAUAUGGAACUGAAUGAGAAUAGGGACAUGCGAAUUAGAAAAAAGAAUUUCGUCGUUGGUUUGGAUUAUAUAAUGGAAAAAGAUUCCCUUGUUGCAAGUCGUCCACUUUCAUCUAUUAUGGACUUGCCUUCGGAGUUGGGCGAGAUCUACGAUGUAUUAUCUUAUAACAAAGCUGGUUCUAUCAUGGCAAUGAUCCACGACGUUAUUGGAGAACAGAACUUUCGAAAAGCAGUGACUCACUACCUCAAGAAAUUUGCUUUCAAAAGCACAUGCGCAGAUGACAUGUGGAAAGCUUUCGACGAAGUUGUCGAAGGAGUCGAAGGUCCUGAUGGGAGAAAAUUGAAUUUGGUUGAUGUUGGUAGUCGGUGGUCAAAACAGAUGGGUUUCCCGCUUGUGACUGUGGAGCAUUUCAACUCUACUACGUUGAAGAUAAAGCAGGAAAGAUAUUUGAAGAAUCCCAGUGCCGUUGAACCACAGAAAUACAUAUCUUCAAACUAUGGGUACAAAUGGGAUGUUCCUCUGUGGUAUCAAUGGGAUGACGAGCAAUUGCAUUACAAGUGGCUGAAAAGAGAUGAACCGUUGUAUAUACAAAUGAAACACAAAGAUGUGCCCAUUGUUAUUAACGCUGAUAGACGCAGUUACUUUGCUCAAAAUUACGACGCUGAAGGCUGGAAGAAGAUAAUAAAACAACUUCGUGAAAAUCAUGAGGUCUACAAUCCAUAUACAAGAAAUGCGAUUAUCAAUGAUGCGUUUGCGGCUGCUCUCAUUGACCGACUAGAUUAUGAAAUUGUGUUCGAUCUACUUAACUAUUUAUCUACAGAGAAGGAUCACUUAGCGUGGAACGCUGUGGAAAGAGGGUUUCGUACAUUAAAAAGCUUAUUUGCUGAUGAAGAAAGGAAAUGGGUAGAACUUUAUGUUGAUCGAUUAAUGGAAAAGAGGUUCAAAGAGGUUUAUUCCUCGUAUAUAAGCGCUCAAACUGCCACAGCUCAGAAUGUUAGCAGAGUAGCGUACAAACGUCUGCGAUACGAUUGGAGAGAUGGCGUAGUUGAAGAGUUAAAGUCUUCAUCGUCCAUGGAACUAAAUUUUGCGACCUCUCUAAUUGAAUUUUACUGCGAGGGUAACACAACUAGUUGUUCUUCGGCCUUUCGAUCACUUUUUGAAAAAGAAGUUCUUCAUCGAUGCGCAGGAAGUGAAAAAGCUAGUCAAUGUGUCAGGAUUCCGAAGCCUUUCCGAAGAUCCACGUACUGCCAAGGAGUAAAGCAAAUAGGGAGUACUGCAAUGAGCAAGAUAAAAUCUUUGUACAAAAAUGAAGACGAUGCGGAGGAAAAAGAGGACCUUAUGAAGGGGUUGACAUGUGCGCAGCAAAUUGAAGAUCUGAAACGUACUCUACGAAUGGCGAUUGACAAGAAUGGAGGGAUUCAAACGCAGAGUAUUCCUCGCAUUUUUACCCAAGUGGCAAUGAACCCACUUUCAAAUGACUUCAUAAUCAAGUUUUUGUUUGAGAAUUGGAAAGCGAUCUAUGACAGGUUAAAAAAUCAUGAACGUUUUCUCCAAAGUGUGAUUGGUGCAUGCCUCCUUAACAUGCGUUCGAAUGUAGACAUAGUACUAGUGAAACACUACCAAAACAUUAUUCCCGUCAUGCAACAUUCAAACAUCGUGAAUAUUCGUUUGGAAGAGGCUGAACACAGAAUAAAAUGGUCAGAAAAACAUUCAAAAAAGCUCAUUAAAUUCUUUAAAUCUGCAACUGGGAAUGCUUAA